UGCUUCCAGAUUCCAUAGGAGACGAUGGAGUUAGACUGGGAGCAUGCGACACUGUUGGUUACAUACCUAUGAUGUAUCAUGAUGCAAUGCUCCCAAUGUCCCUGAUGGGGCAGUCAAUGCCAGGGACACAUAUAUAGUAGACUGAAUCGUUCCAUUGCUGAUACAUCUUAAUCGAAGUCAUCUCAGUUCUACUAUUUACCCGACCAGACACAACACGCAAAUACCAAAUACCUACAUCAUGAACGACUACGACAAGGUUCGCGUGGCUUACGAUGCCGAAAAGGACCUCAACUCCUACCAGGCCAAGCAGGGCCUUGGUCCUAAGAGUGAUUCCACUCUCGAGUCGGGUGUGAACGAAAUGGUCGACAGGAAGUUCGAAACAGGCAUUCGUACCGGCAGAGAAGCAGGCGCUUCGGGCAGCAACCGCAAGCCCAUCCCUGAGGACGAGGGAGGCAGUCGUGAUGAUCGCGGCAGACUGGCUCCAGCUGGAGAGUUCGAAGGCCCUGGAGGCCCUGAGGAUAAGGUGAAGAUUCAGUCUGAGCGUCGUCCUGGUGAUCAAGACACUCUGAACCUUCAAGACCUGAAGCGUGAGGGAGUCGCGCAAUAAAGAUUAUGUAUAUCAUAAUGAAGCUUUACUGAAUGAUAAAAGCAACCUAGAUUGCCUUGAUUG